GGUGGCCAUGCCAUUUCUCCCGCUAUCGACUUUAUUUCGCUUACCCCUUGGCUAUCGAUAUCGACAACACCGGCUGUACAUGACGGGACCAGGCCACCAGCACAAGCCGAAACGAUACCAAAAAAACCCAUUUAAACGAACGUAUCAGCCGGUGACCACCAGUUUAUCCCUUUCAUUGUCCCAAAAGAAGAGAAAUUUAGCAAAAUGGUGUUCUACUUCAAGAGCAACAUAGUCCAGCCGCCGGCGAUGCUUUACAUGGGUCGCGAUAAGCACGAGAACGAGGAGCUGAUCCGCUGGGGAUGGCCGGAGGACGUGUGGUUCCACGUCCACGACCUGUCCUCGGCCCAUGUGUACCUGAGACUCCGCAAGGGUCAGACCAUCGACGACAUACCCAGCGAUGUCCUGGUGGAUGCCGCCCAGCUGUGCAAGGCCAACAGCAUCCAGGGCAACAAGGUGAACAACCUGGAGGUUGUCUACACCAUGUGGGAGAACCUCAAGAAGACCCCAGACAUGGAGCCCGGCCAGGUGGCCUAUCACGAUGAGAAGGCCGUCCGUCGCAUCCGCUUGGAGAAGCGCAUCAAUGAGAUUGUAAACCGCUUGAACAGGACAAAGACGGAGGAGGAGCAUCCCGACUUCCGCGGGCUGCGAGAGGCCCGCGAUGCCGCCGAGCGCCAGGAUCAGAAGAAGCUGCAGCGGGAGCGCCGCGAUCAGGAGAAGGAGGCCGCCAAGCAGCGGCAGCUGGAGUCGGAGCUGCGCAGCUACGCCUCCCUCCAGAAGAGCGAGAACAUGCGCACCAACUACGAUGCGGGCAACGAGUCGGAUGACUUCAUGUAGUCGGGUCUGAGUCCUGAUGCAUCCUCGCAUUUUCCACAACAACAUCUCUCGCUGUCCCCUACCUUUUUUUUAUUAAAUCAUACGCAAAUCGUUUUGUAAAGACCGCACUUGUACUUUUUUUUUGAAGAUACUUAUGUACAUUUUGUACGUUUUUUCAAAGCCUGCAAUUGGUAUUUUUUGAAAAAAUUAAGCAAUUUAAGGCACAGUUCUCUAUGUUGCAUUCGUGGAAAAGUAUGUACGAGAUCGAAGUGUGCUUUUGUGUUUAGAAACAGUAGUCGGUUUUUUUAAAACCGAAAAACCAAAUCAAAGUAAGCCUUUGUGACCGGUGUCAGAGAAGUUAGAUCCCGGCUGUGUGAGAGUAGUCAUUACUGCUCCGUCGACGGUAGCAACUACAGCUCUCCUAAAAAAAAUAUCAGUUAAUAUUAUAUUAAACCGAACAUUUGUAAAAUGGUUAGUCACCGCUUCAUAGAUAAAAAUUCGUGCGAAAUGCCUAUACGGGCUCCCGAACAAGGCGAUCAAAUAAACUGGCAAAGAAUACGACGAAUUUUGAGCAUUAUGCGUAAUCGAAUUAGUCCUUCGGGCGGCAGGAUUAACUUGCAGAACAGGGGGCCGAUCCAUGUGCCGGUGAACAGCUGGCAGAAUUCGCGAAGGAGGAGGAAUCGUCGUCGUAGGGCUGCCAGGGCUGCUCGAGCCAGGGAGAGGGCUCGCCGAGCCGAAUCAAACGCGGAACCUGAGGUUAACCAAGCACCAUCACGGGUCGGAGGCAUAAGAAUCACUCUUUCCAGAGACAAUCCAAUCCCGGGUGAGAAUUCAUCGACACCUCCACCCCCACCGCCGCCACCACCACCACCACCACGUCGAUCGCGGUCCCAGCCCCCGAUUCGAAUGAGAGCAGUAGUAACAAUGACACGUCGACGCUUGCAAAUAAGACUGGUUCCAGAUGAGGAAGAGGAUUCUGAGAACACUGAUUCAAUUUAGAUUGCGGAGCUUCAAGAUCUCCAAUAGCAAAAUUAUUAUUGUGUUGUGUUGUUUAGAGGCCCAAGAGAAUCGUGAUAUUUUCAAUUAGAGGCCCACGCGAAUACAGAGUCGAACAAUUACGACCAUUCGCGAAUGCAAACAUUUUCGAUCUGCUUGACUACAAAUUACAAAGUGUGUUUACCUGUACUAUCAGUUAAUAUAAUGUGUUCCGUUUGAAUGUUUAGAAA